AUGAUGCGUUGGCAUGAUCCAGACGACCCUGAUUGGGUGAUCGCUCACAUCCCAUCCUCACCACAGCUUCUCACGGCCCAACUUCCUGAAGCGCCUCCCGACCUACGGAAACAGCACCAAUCGACGAGGUUUCCCUUGGCUGUUCUCUUCCUUACGGUAAGCGAUACAUCCUCCUGAGGUCUGUGGACUAAGCUAAUUCGAGUGUUACUAUCGCAGCUCUACGCCUUGAUGUGGUGUCAACUCUACGAGCCCUCAUCACAAACGACCCCGUCUCGAACCCAGGAGUCUUCGAUCGACUGGUCGCGACUAUCGCUGACCCCACCCCCACCCGUCGAGGGCGAUCCUCUGAAUCGCUUCAAACCACCCUACGUCCGGCGCGGGAAACCCCUCGCUCGACUCGUCCACGGUCGGGUCAUCCUUCAAUACAAUGGAACCAUCACGUCGCCUUUGACGUCGUUAGGUCUCGAAGCGGAUGCCUCGUAUAAGAUCGAGACCGACGACUUGCACGAAUAUCUGGCGACCCUGGAGGCGUUUGUUCGAGGUCACUUCCCGAAAUGUGACUCGGACGAGAAGGAUCGAGAAUCGCUCAUCAAUGAUUUGAGAGCUCAUUUCCCGAUGCAUCGACCCGUUAAGACCGGCCCGAGGGCACCGAAGCGGUUGUUUCAAGUCAAGGGUGUCCCCAAGACCGAAGAAGCCUCACAAGCUACAUGGAAAGCCUUGACCUCAUGGCUCUCUAUGAACCAGCCGAUCGAGAUCAUUUUGCGAGAUGAGGAGGAUGUGGGAAGAUGGAUGGCUUCGAUGUUCCGCCGAGCUCCUGACGUUCCAGCUCCUUCAGCACUUAUGGAACAGAGGCAGGACUAUCUCGAGCUCGAAGGUCUCGACAGCGUCUCUGCGGAUCAUAGAUUAGAUGGCGAAACGAUCCAUUCCCAAGCUUCGCGGACUUUUCUCGACCUUUGGCAGGAUGGUAAAAUCCCGAUUGAGGUCCGAACAAGACUCUAUCAAUACCUCAUCCUCGUAGUCGAAGGCGGUAUUUGGGCCGAGCAAGGUACAACAUCGCGGAAACCCGUCGAAGAAUGGGGUCUCGCCAGCCCGUGAGUUUGGGAGUGGCGCCGCUGAGUGACUUCGUUGUAGGAGCGUGCUGAAUGAGUGAAUGAGCCCCUAUCUGCAAAGGCUACCAAGGGGCUGGACAGAUCCAGCGCUUUUGCUUGCGGUGGGAUACGAAGCGAGCGGAACAGGAUGGAAUAAGGUAAGUGAUUCAUGCAUGUACGUGCUAGAACAUCCGAAUCUGACGAGGAACCCACGAAGCGCAGAAUCACAAACGCCCUCUCGAAAUCGACGGACACGUUCUUCGCGCUGCUCGAGGUCACCCGGUCAUUCUCGACGCUCUCCGACGGCUGUACCACUCUCUUCAGAACCCUCACAGGAUUUAUCGAAAUGAUGACUGCCUUACGGAUGCGCUCAUGAACUGGCUCUUGGUACGAUGGUCGUUGCCGUGGUCGGAGUUGCGCCAUACUUCGGGGAAAGGUUCGUGGCGGGUUCGGGAUCAUCGAGAGUGGAGUAAUGUGCUUGUAUUGCCUCGGGAAUCGUUCUCUGAACCCGACGGGUCAGUUGCUCUGGGACUUUUUGACAUAGUAUUCUUGCGCUGACCUCGUCUGGGAGACUCUUCAACUUCGCAGUCCUGGCAAGUCACCAAAUUUGCAGCUGGUUGUGCCACAGCCACGAGGCUAA